CAUUGGAUUGAAUAUGUGAACCAAGACCAAACAAACAAUGCAUAUGAUGGGGCUUCCUUUUCAGAGCAUUGUGAUUUGGCUAAUUUAAAUGCUUUAAAAAGGCCAUCUGGUAUUGAUAAUUCUGAUUUGAUAUAUGAUGGAACGUCUGAGGAUUCUGGGGCAGGUGCUGAGAUCCAUGAUACUUUGUUAGAGGGCAGAGACUAUGUAUUGCUUCCCCGAGAUGUUUGGAAUCAAUUAUAUUUAUGGUAUGGUGGUGGUCCUACAUUGGCCAGGAAAGCCAUUUGUUCAGGUCUUUCACAGACAGAAUUGGCCGUAGAGGUGUAUCCUUUAAGGCUUCAGUUACUUGUGAUGCCAAAAGGUGAUCGGGCCACUAUAAGAAUAAGCAAGAAGGAAACUGUUGGACAGCUUCACCGAAAAGCUUGUGAAAUAUUUGAUCUUCAGUCAGAACAAGUACGCAUUUGGGACUACUAUGGCCGUCGGAAGCACGCCUUGAUGAAUGACAUGGACAAAACACUUGAUGAUGCCAAUAUACAAAUGGACCAGGAUAUUCUUGUGGAGGUCCUUAACAAUAUGAAUAGCAUAAGUUCUGCUCAGGACAAUGGAUCUGCACUGAGGGAAUCAAGUUCUGCUCUUGCAGAGCCAUCCAAGUCAGGCUUAUCAAUUGGUGGCGGCUUAUCUGCCAGCAAGGGAGCACCUAGAAACUAUAAUGCUGAGCUUUACUCAUCUCAAAACCUGACUUCUACAGUUAGAGACGUAGAUAAUACUUGUGGAACCAGUGGUGUUAGCACGAGAGGUUCUUCAGGUGGUCUCACUGGAUUGCUGAACCUUGGCAAUACUUGUUUUAUGAAUAGUGCGAUCCAGUGUCUUGUUCAUACUCCGGAGUUUGCUAGGUACUUUCGGGAGGAUUAUCAUCAAGAGAUAAAUUGGCAAAAUCCAUUGGGCAUGGUUGGUGAACUAGCCCUUGCGUUUGGUGAGUUGCUUCGAAAGCUAUGGGCACCUGGGCGAACCCCAAUUGCUCCCCGACCUUUUAAAGCAAAGCUUGCACGCUUUGCACCUCAGUUCAGUGGUCACAAUCAGCAUGAUUCUCAGGAACUUUUAGCAUUCCUACUUGAUGGUCUCCAUGAAGAUCUAAAUCGUGUAAAACAUAAACCAUAUAUAAAGUCUAGAGAUGCUGAUGGUCGACCGGAUGAGGAAGUGGCUGAUGAGUAUUGGGCAAAUCAUAUUGCUCGUAAUGAUUCGAUAAUUGUUGACGUGUGUCAGUCCACCACCACUAGGACUAUGACGGUGACAGUUUUUACUUGCGAUGGAACUGCCCUGCCAUCUGCUUGUACUGUGACAGUGCCUAAGCAGGGGCGCUGCAGAGAUCUGAUUCAGGCACUUAGCAAUGCUUGUUCAUUGAAGCCUAAUGAGAGGCUGUCGCUUGUGGAGAUACGUAACCAUUUGAUCCAAAGAUUUCUAGAAGACCCUCUCAUAUCAUUGUCUACAGUUAAAGAUGAUGACCAUCUUGCUGCUUACAAGAUUCCGAAGAUCAACAAAAAAACAAAAUAUCUCCAGCUAAUACACCGCCGUAGAGAGCAGAAUAGUGAGUCCCAGACCAUAUCAGGAUGGAAACCAUAUGGAACACCUAUUGUUUCCUUGAUCUCAUGCGAUGAUGCAGUCACAAGAGGUGAUAUACAGGUAAUGGUUCAUCGUAUGCUCUCUCCUCUUUUGAGGAAAGGCAGUAAUGUGGAACAAGCUAGUAAUUCUGAAUCCAGCAUCCCAAGAGCAACGUCAGAUCAAGGCAGUGGGACUAAUCCUGUCGAAGCAUCUGCUGGAACCAUGUCGUCAAAUCUGCCAAAUAAGGAUGGCACUGAUUCCAAAGCACCAAUAUCUAAGUUACCUCUUCAAUUAGUGGAUGAUACUAAUGCUUGCAUUGAUCUCUCAAUGGGAGAGGAAAAAGUGGUGAAACUGUCUCCGUCUUCUGCAACAGUCCUAGUAUAUGUUGAUUGGUCACAGAAGCUUCUGGAAAAGUAUGAUACUCAGCCACUUGAGAAUUUGCCAGAAGUUUUAAAAUAUGGGCCUGCGACCAAGAAAGCUCGUACUGAACCUCUCUCUUUGUAUACUUGCUUGGAAGCUUUUCUGCGUGAAGAACCUCUGGUGCCUGAAGAUAUGUGGUACUGUCCUCAGUGCAAAGAGAGACGGCAAGCAAGCAAAAAGCUUGACUUGUGGAGGCUUCCAGAGGUGCUGGUGAUUCAUCUAAAGAGGUUCUCAUAUAGCCGGUCAAUGAAGCAUAAGCUAGAGACUUUUGUUAACUUUCCCAUUCAUGACUUCGACUUAACAAAUUAUAUAGCCAACAAAAACAACUCCAGACGACAAAUCUAUGAAUUAUAUGCCCUUACAAACCAUUAUGGUAGCAUGGGUAGUGGGCAUUACACAGCGCAUAUCAAGCUUUUGGAAGAAAAUAGGUGGUAUAACUUCGAUGAUAGCCACAUUUCACCCAUAAGUGAGGAUGAGGUUGCUAGUGCAGCAGCCUACGUUCUAUUUUACCGGAGGGUGAAGACUAAUGAUGCAGCCAUCAGCAAUGGGGCUUAGUCAGGCACCGAUGGACCAUUGUUACACCCCAAAAGCAGAUUUCAAGGCCAUCCAUCUUCUCCAUAAAAGUACUAUUAGAACAAAGAGAAAGAAGAGAGAGAGAGAGAGAUAGUUUAGCAAUACCCAGAUCAUCUGGGCGUUUACAUGUACGGAAGAGCACAUGCCUAUUGAACAUACAAAUGAGUUUUCACAAAAAAAAGAAAAUGUAGUAUGUGGAUGUAAUUGAUUGAUGGCCUUUCUGUUUCAGGGGAAGGUGUUUAAAAUUGGAUUCAUGGGUUUCUGAAGUGGCCGCUGUAUCUGGACAUUAUUUUUCCUUAGUCAAACAGGAAGAGUUAAAGAUCUUGCCCUUA